CUUGUCUGAAGCCUCACCUUUCUCGUUUCGCCAAACUCAGCCUUAUAGUCGGGCCAGCUGCUCGCCCGGUGCGUCCCCUCGUGCCUUCUUCGCCAUGCCGGGUCCUGAGGCGCUCCUGGCGCUCUUGAUCUCGCCAGUCCUGCUUGCUUUGGCCCUUGUUCUGUCGGGCCCUUGGAGGCUCUUAGAUUCCCAGCCGCCUCUGGAUUUGAUGAAGGAGCUGGAGCAGCGGCAGCAAGACCUGAGUCGCCUGGCAGCCUCUGCCCGAGCGCGGGCUUCUCUAGCCGCCGCAAGGCGCGCAGAGGUCGCCGAGCCUUUGGGUUGCGCGCAACUGAAGGGCCUGAGCGACGUGGGCGUGGUAGGCGCUGGCAUCACGAAGCUGGUGCUGAGGGCAGUUCUGUCGCCCGGUGGCCAGGAAAUCGCCCUGAAAUCCGUGCACUGGGCAGGCAGCGACGUGAGUCGCUGUGUUCAACGCUACGGCCACGCGGGAGGUUGUUUCCAGCUCGCUGCUUACAAGCUGUUGAAGGAGACGAUUCUGCUGCAGACUCUGGAUCACGAAGGGAUCAUCAAGCUGCAUGGUCAAUGCUAUAACAAUAGCCUAUAUCCUGAAAUGAAAGUGGUUUCCAUGCUGGAGCUCGGAAGCCCUUUGGAGAUGAUUCAGCUUCUGCAGCUCCCCUGGGAAGAGCGAUUUAAAAUUUGUCUGGAUCUGGUAGAACUGCUCAAUUACUUGGCAAAUUCUCCUCUAGGUUCCAUUGCUCUUCUAGAUUUCCAACCAAGACAAUUUGUUAUGGUGAAUGGGCUCCUGAAAGUUACAGACCUGGAUGAUGUGAGCACUGAGGAGCUGUCUUGCAAAAGAGAUCAAGAUUGCAUUCUCAAAUUUCCCACAAAAACCUUCUUUCUCAAAUGUGCCAGCCAUAGGAACUGUAAAGGAAUAAAUGAGAAACGGAAUCUUUUCAAUGCAUACAGGUAUUUCUUCACUUAUCUCUUACCUCAUACUGCACCCAUUGCUUUGCAACCAAUUUUGAAGGACAUCUUGAAUGCCACCGGUGAUUUACGAUAUGGAGCGAAUGAAACUUUACGAUCUUUCCAAAAAGUUUUGCAUUUGUACAAGUCAGGACUUUAUCUGCAGAAAAAGCCUUCUCACUUAAAAGAAUAUUUUGUUGCAAAGGGGUUCCACAGUAUGGAUACAGAGGACUAUAAAUGUUGGCCUUCAUAUAGCCCUUUGAGAUGCAUGUUGUCUGUUCAUAAUGUAGAGGAAGCUGCCUCCAUUUGCAGUUACCAUCCACAGUGCCAACAUUUUAUCAUCACUUCACAGAGAACAUGGACAGGGCGUCCUCUUGCUAUUUUUCAAAGCAAUUUGACCUACUUAAUUCCAGGUAGCACCAUGGAGGUUUAUGUUAAACGAUCUGUAUCUUCAAGAGGAAAUCUUUGAUUGAGUUGCUAGAGACAACUUGGCAUUGUUACUGGGACUGAUGCUAUCAACACCAAUGGAUUACAUUAUUUCUGCUGUGAAGCAGUCAUCUACACUAGUUUUAUGCGAACAAAUAUUUCAAUAAUCUCAUCUCUUUAUUUAAGAACUGAUCCAAUCCAGGGGCAUUUUGUAAGCUGUUUCAUACUUACAACUAUGCAAGUCUCAAUUUCUGCCACCACUAGGAUUGGACGAAUCCUUUAUAUAUAUUCAAUCUUGUAUUUCUAUUUUUGUAUAUGUUUUAAAAAAAAGAAAAAGGGCAUAAGCAUUUAUUUUUCUAUGGAAUUGUCCUUCAGGGACACAUUAAUAGAGGCUUUCUUUAAUAUAUGCAUUUUUAUAGACACAAUUUCCCUUAAUUUAGACAUUGUACACUGUUUUAUAACUUAUCAAUGUGCUAUUGAGAAGAAACCCAAUUAACCGGGCCUGGUGGCUCAGCAGACUAAAAGCAUUGUGAUUAACAUCAGCUGUCUGCAAUUACUGUAAGUUCGAAUCUCACCAGGCUCAAGGUUGACUCAGCCUUCCAUCCUUUCUAAGGUAGGUAAAUUGAGGACCCAGUUUGUGGGAGCAAUAAGCUGACUUGGUAUAAAUAUACAAAAGUAUGAAGGCUAUUGCUUAACGCAUUGUAAGUCGCCCUGAGUCUCCGGAGAAGGGCGGCAUAUAAAUCAAAUAAAAAAAAAAUCUGUGUAUUACAAUUUAUUAAAUGUAUGCCACCCACCUCCCAAUGACUCUGGGCAGCUUUUAGUCCAGGAAGUACAAAUUAAUGUCAAUAUACAUUUGACAUUCUUACUUUACACUUGGGGAAAUUAUUUGUUUCUGGAUAUGUUUAUGUAAUAUGCUUUUUAAAUAUAUUUUUCCCCAUUCAAUUUUGUCCAACUGUCAGAGACUCGCUGGACAAGUCCCUGCAGUUUUCUUUGCAAAGUUUUUCAGAAGUAAUUUGUCAUUGCCUCCUUCCUAGGGCUGAGAGAAUGACUGUCCCAAGGUAAUCCGGCUGGCUGUGUGCCUUAGGCGGGAAUAGAACUCAGUCUCCUGAUUCCUAGCCUGAUGCCUUAACCAUUAUAUCAAACUGGCUGUUUUUGUAAUAUUUAAGUUUAUUAGAUAUGGUUGAGCCAAGUGCAAACACACACAGAAGGGUUUACGGGUAGAUCGUUGAAUGAGUGGCAGCUGACUUGCAAAUAAUUCUAAGUAACAAUUUAUCAUUUUCAGCAACAUUAUUCUGGUACUCAGAACAGGUUCAGGGUUUAAUAUGUCAUUCUAAUUGCACCCAUUUCCUUGUAUAUAAGGAAGCUCUUGACAACUCUCAAGACAGAUUUUUUAAACAUUUGUAAACCAGAAAUAUUUACAUCUUUACAUUUUAACAACACUGAGCAGCAAAUUCUUUUGACCACCCCAUCCUUACAUCUUGCCAGAAGCCAAAUUCAAUUUUGAAUUGUGCUCAGCCUCUUUUAUUUCCUUUGUGUCUCGCAGGCAUGUUUAUCUAAUUUAAACUGCCCUUGAGGAGAGAGAGUUAAACCUUUCAUUAAAAGUGCUGAUGGCAUCUUUGAAGGAUAAAUAUUUCCAAAUCACUGUUUUCAUUUACCCCAAUUUCCCUAACAAAAGAUAAUUUAAGGGACUUUGCAUCUGAUUAUUUAAAUUUUCAGUAUUUAUUCUGGCUAAAUUAACUUUUUCCAGUUUCAAACUGUAAGGUAAUAGUUUGAACCUAUAGCUGUUAUUGAAUAACGCAGCCCACAAAAAGAAAAAAUGGGGGCAUAAUUUUAUACAAUAUUUACUUUGAUUAUUUUAAUUCAGUGUGAUUAAGUGUGAUAUGUUUAAAGUUCUGUACCAAUUUUGGAGGUUAUUCAGUAUUACUUUCAGUGAAAGAAAUCCUGCUGAGCAAAAUGUUCAAUAACUUGUAUGCAUAUCUAGUUUUUAAAAAUAUAUUUUUUUCAUUCUGAUUGUUGUCCCUUUAAAAAUGUUUCAUCUUUUUCUAUUUAAUGACUAAAAAUUUGAAGACACCAUUGAAUACUAUGUUUAACUGUUAACAUGAAAAUUCUAGCUUCAAGGGAAAACUAGCUGUUUCAUUUAUCAUCCUCUCAAUUCAAAUUUUAUAUACCGUAAUUCAUUAAACUUGUAGGCCACCUGA